AUGGCCGCCAAAGCAAGAACCAUCCACCACUCUCUCUUCUCCCUCCUCGUCCUCCUCCUCCUCUCGGUACUCAUCGUCACCCUCGGCGGCGCAGAUGGCGGCCUCGACGGUAGCCGCAGCAGCCGGUGCCCUCGCAUCCCGUCCAUGACGGCGCAGCAGGCGUGCAGCGCGGUCUCCGGGACGCGCCACAUGCUCGAGCUCUGCCUCCGCAGGCUUCGCGCGGGCGGCGUACGCGUACCACUACCGGUCACCUGCCAUGCCGCGGUGGCCGUGCGCAGCGCGCUGGACGCGUACGCGGCCACGGUGGCCGCGGCGACGUCGCUGCUGGACGGCGGCGCGGUCCCGGCGGACGACGAGAGGGCCGCGUUCGGCAACUGCAUGGUGGGCUACGGCAGCGCCCGCGUGGCCAUGGCGCGCGUCGCCGACGACCUGCGGCUGGCGGCCGACGGCGGCGGCUGUGACGACGACGACGACCGGGCCGCGGAGCUCAAGGCGGGGUACACGGCCGGGCUCCGUGGCAUGGACGGGUGCACGAGGGGCAUGCUCGACUUCCCGGCGUCGCCGUUGUACGCCAGGAACCUCGCCGACCGGAACGUGACCUUGCUCGCCGCCUUGCUCUGCAGCCUGGUGCCUGCGCCGCUGGCAUGA